AUGCGCCUCAGACAGCAGCCUGCAGACGACUCCGAUGCUCUGCUGCGGUCACUGUGGUCUUUGUCACACCGGGAUGUGCCUCUGUGCAUUGGUGUACUUUUGCAAUCUGAUGAAUUCCCAACGGACGUCAGGACACAUCACAUUUUAAAGCAUCAACUUUAUACUCUCUGGAUUUACAGUCAGUGGGAGCUUCACAUCAGAGCCUCUGAUUCAGAGGUGGGACAAAAGUCCCAACCAGGAAUGGCUACGAUGCUGCUGCCCAUCGCUCUCUGCCUCAGUUUGAUCCCCGUGUGUUUCGGAGCUGCGAUUCCAGUUUCAUGUGGGUCCAUCUACAAGAGUUUUGCUCAGUGUUUACUCACACUUGGAGACAGUUUGGUGGAAACACAAAAAGACCAAAACACGCAGGACAUUGACGCAAUCUGCAGGUCCUGGAACGCGUUCCACGUUUGUGCCAACUCAGCUCUGGCCGGCUGUCCCGGAGAAGCAGCAGCUGUCUGGGAGUCUCUAAGACAAGAGUCCAGGAAGACACAGUUUUCUGGAAACCUGUAUGACAUGUGUGCCAGCCGCACCACCCUCCCGCCCAGCUCUGUGCCUGCACCCCAGAGCCCUCCCACCUCCGACCAGACCAACCAGGAAACACUGAAAGGGCAAACAUACAAGCACAGCCCCACCCUUACCACACUGUUGUUCCCUUUAUGCAGCACCCUGCUACUUCUGCUCAGGAGUUAGUUAACCCGCUAAGUCUUUUAAUCAGAGUAAUGACAGCUGGCCGUCAGAGUCCGGCCCCCCUUACGAUCCAAUCACACGAGGGUAAACACUCUUCAAGUCAGGCUCAUCACAAUACAUAUCGAUCCUAAAAUAAGGAUUUCAACAACUGGAUCAAAACAUCUGGUUCAGUGUUUCUUAUGUGGAUGAGCUGGUGCAUUUAUUUAUGCAUUAAACUAAAUUGGAUUGUACAACAAUUUCAAGUGUUUAAUUUGUGAUUAAAUUCACAUCAUGUAUUAUUACACGGUCAUACUUUUACAGACUGGAGUUAAUGAAGGGACAGAAGAAUAAGACCCUACAGUUAUAAGCUAAUAUUUGUUGUAAACACUUUAUUUUGUAUCUCUACUGCAGUAACACCACGUGAUUUCUAGGACAAAAGAGGUUUUAGGGGACGUUUUAACGCCAGGUGUUCAGAUCUGCUAGUGAUCCAAUCAGGUGCGAUUCAGAGGAGAGUGUUAUUACAGGCUUUCACAACAGUGUGUUUGUGCUGUAAGUUUAAUUCAUCACCCUGUUCGACAGGUUUUAUGUCAGAAAAUUAGAUUUCUGUAUGAAAGCAUUCUCUCUUUUUUUUUUGUGCAUGAUGUUGCAUUUUAUCACUUGUUUUAAAACAUUUAACGUCCGUAGUAGUUUUCUAAGCAGUUAUAUGAUGCUUUUUCUAUUCUGAACUACUAUUUACAGUAAAAUUUGACUUUAAUCCAUUGAAUGACUUUAUGCAUCCUCUGUGUGGGACACAUUGGACACAUAGCACAAAAAACCAACAACACAAAAUUACAGAGUACUAAAAAGUAUAAAAGGAUAAAGUGUAAAGUCAGUAGUGGGAAGUUUCCCACGUUUGAUCCUUAUAACAUUAACAAUUGCUGUGAUUUUAUUUAUUGUUGUAUAACUUUUCUUUGAUAUUGAGCGAGCUCUGAUAUGCAACUACACACUGUGUUUUAUUCACUGGAUUUCACGUUAACAACGCAUUUACUGUAAUAUCUUUUGAUUUUUGGUUAUUUGAAUUAUUAUUUUUUCACAGCAGUAUGGAGUGGCACUUUUUAACCCAACAAAAACUUAAAUUAAAGGUAUAUUGACAUACACAA